CCGCCCAAAAAAAAAAAAACCAGUCUCAACAAGGGAGAGAAGCAAAAAAUGGUAUCGCUGAAGCCCCAGAAGCGGCUCGCCGCCUCAGUGAUGAAGUGCGGAAAGGGCAAAGUAUGGCUUGAUCCUAACGAAGGCAAUGACAUCGCCAUGGCCAAUUCUCGCCAAAACAUCAGGAAGCUUGUGAAGGAUGGUUUCAUCAUCAGGAAGCCAACAAAGAUCCACUCACGUUCCAGAGCUCGUCGCAUGAAGAUUGCCAAAAUGAAGGGUCGUCACUCUGGUUACGGUAAGAGAAAGGGUACAAGGGAGGCAAGGUUGCCAACAAAGGUGUUGUGGAUGAGGAGGAUGAGAGUUCUGAGGCGUCUUCUCAAGAAGUACCGUGAGUCCAAGAAGAUUGACAAGCACAUGUACCAUGACAUGUACAUGAAAGUCAAGGGUAACGUGUUCAAGAACAAGCGUGUUCUGAUGGAGAGUAUCCACAAAUCAAAGGCUGAGAAGGCUAGGGAGAAGACUUUGUCUGACCAGUUCGAGGCUAAGAGGGCUAAGAACAAGGCGAGCAGAGAAAGGAAACAUGCUCGUAGAGAGGAACGACUUGCCAAAGGUCCUGGAGGAGAUUUACCUGCCGCUGCACCGCCUGCCCAAACCCCAGAGGUCCCAGUGAAAAGGUCUAAGAAGUGAGGAGAAUAAGCUUUUGCUUUAUAGUAAUUUUUUUUAGCAGUUGUUUUUGCAUGGAUUUUGUGAUUCAGUUUUGUCAAAACACUUUCUUUGCGACAAAUAUGAAUGCCUUUAUCAUUAGUUUUGACACUAGUUUGCUGUGUUUCGUAUCUCUUCUCAGUUCCUUCCCUUUGAAAGAUCUUACUGGAUAAUUACGAUUUAC